AUGCAGGUCGAAGUAAACCCCAACGAAGACACCGAAUGGAAUGACAUUCUCCGCAAACACGGCGUCAUCCCCGAAAAGCCCCAAGACCCAGAACCGCUCAUUCAAGAAGCGCUCGUCGAGGCGGAGCGGAAAGCCUACGAGAACCGACUAGAGGACAAAGACCUAGACGAGCUCGACGAGCUGGAAGAUGAAGAAGACGAGGAGUUUCUAGAACAAUACCGCAAGAAGCGACUGGCGGAGCUCUCCACCAUCCAGCAAACGAGUCUUUACAACCAAGUGUACCCGCUCCAAAAGGUCGACUAUGCGCGAGAAGUGACGGAGGCAUCUAACAAGGCCUUUGUAUUGGUCCAUCUGACCUCCUCGUCCAGUGCCAAUGUUGAGUCGCGUAUUCUGACGGAACUCUGGCGGCAACUGGCCGCCAAAUAUGGAGAUAUCAAGUUCUGCGAGAUCCGCGGUGAUAUGUGCAUCGAAGGCUACCCGGACCGCAAUACCCCGACGAUCUUGGUUUACAAGGACGGGGAAAUUCGGCAACAGCUGAUCACAUUGAAAGAGCUUCGUGGUCCCAGAACGAAGAUCGAAGAUUUGGAGCGAAUGCUCCUGGACCUUGGUGCUCUCAAAGAAAGCGACGUCCGUCUGAAGAAGCGGUCGGACUCGUCUGACGACGAACGUCCGUCGACGAUUAAGAAGACACAGGUCGAUGAUGACGAUGAUGACUGGGAUUAA